GCUGCCUCUCCCUUCUCCUCCACUACAGCUCCUCCACGCCCUAACGCCACACUAACUUGGUCGAUGUGGAGAGGAUCUCGUUCGGAGGGAAGGACAAAGGAACAAAUAUCCAUGGAAGCCAGCUCUUCAUCAGCAACAUCUUUGACUCGAAGAUGCAUGAAUGAUGAACAAGGUGAAACUCCCAAUAUAUCAUGUUAUUGUGGGUUAAGAGCUACCCUCUGGACGUCAUGGAAGGAAACUAAUCCAGGAAGGCGCUUUUUUUCAUGUCCAAGAUUUAGAGAUAGGGGAUGCGGCUUCUUCUCAUGGCAUGACCCAGAAUUGUCAGAGAGAACUAAGGCAAUUAUUAAUCAUUUGAAGAUGGAUAACAAAAAAUUACAAAUGGAGAUUAGUGAAUUGAAGAAAAAUAAUAGUUUCAAGGGUGCAAUUGAUUGCAAUGAUCUCCUGGAGGAUGUGAACAACUCUGUUACUAUAAAGUUGAGUGAUGAAAUAUGUUCACUGAAUAGGAAGUUUAGAGUUGCUAUCGUUGUAGUUGUCUUUACUUGGAUUGUGAUGAUUUUGAGAUGGUUGAUGUAAUUUAUUAUAAGCAAAUAACUUUAGAUGUAAUGAAGGAUGUUUCUAAGCUUUUAAUGUACCUUAUCAGUGUUUUUAUAAUUUAAUGUACCUUCU